GGGGGUGUGCCUCUUCUUCAAGUUGGUGACAUCAACCUCGCUGGUGCUGCCGUCCCCCCGGCCGCAACCUGCUCGGGAUCUGCCUGCAAACAACCACGGGAGCAACAUACAUAGUACAGCCAGCAUAGAUAGGAACCAAAUGUACAGCGCAGCAUGGACAACCUAAACGCAGAGCCAUGGUUUGCGGGAUCCAUGCAACGCGACGAGUGUGAUCAGUACAUGCACCAACCACAUGUCGAGCAUGGCCACUUUCUCGUGCGGGAAUCGCAAUCCGCCCCAGGCGUCUACACGCUCGUGAUCAAGCAAGGCCCCUUUAUCAGAAACUUUCGCAUCUCCGAGGCGGGAGGGCAAUACUACUUGGUGGAGGGAAACACAUUCCCCACUAUCGGGUUGCUGUUGCAGUCUGCCAUGUCCAGCGGCAUGUCUUCAGAAGGAGAGCUGAUUGUCCUCAAACCCCUCCAUGUCAACCCAAACGCCGCGUCUCCAGACCAGCCGUCCGCUGUGCCCAUGAUCCAAGACCAGGAAGUGUACGAGAGCAUCGACGAGCCUCCAAGCGCACAGUCGAGCAGGCCGCCUCCCGUCCCCACAUCAGCCAGGCCCGCCGCCCUCUCGCCACAACGUCCGCUGCCGCCGCCACCACCACCAUCAUCAUCAUCAUCAACCACCACCAACACCACCACCCCGGUGGCACAAGCGCCCACAGAGAACUACGGAAAGGUCAACACGCUGCGGCCUGGCGCAACGCUGCUAGGUGGCAACGAGCCCACAUAUGGUCAGAUCCCAGACAGCCCAGAGGACGAUGCAUCUGCGGUCGACUUUGGUGUGCCGCUCCCUGCAACAUCAACACGUGCGCCACCACCUCUCCCACCAGCAAACACGCGGCCCAUGCACCAGCACCAACGGCACCAACAGCACCAACAGCACCCGGGUGAACAGGAUCUGUAUGAAGACCUUGACACUGAGCAGCCCGACGAGGAUUUGUACGAAGCAAUUGACGACAAGAAUCGUGGCUCCAGUCACCGCGCACCCCCGCAGGUGGCAGCCGUGCAUGAUGGCGGUUUGUACAGUGCCCUGCCACCUGCCCGCCACCAAGCCACUGCAGGAAGCGAUGACGCACCACCGAUGCUGCCACCAAAGGGCAUCAAGAAACGGCCACCACCACCUGUUGUGGCAGUUGCAGAGGAAGGCAUGUACUCUGCACUGCCCAAGCGCGGGGCAACCGUGUCGCAGCCUCUACAGGCGCCAUCCUCCCUACCACAAUCAUCAGCAUCAGCCGCAGCGGCAAGGUUACGGGCACAGUCUGCUGGUGACCAACACCACCCUGCCCCUGUGGUGCAGGCCGUUGCGGAUGACAUGUACUCUGCACUGCCGCCCUCCCGCCCACCACCGCAGCUGCAAGUGCAACAGGGGUACACGAAGAUGCAAGCAAACCCAACAGCGUCGUCAGGCAUCGCGCAGCAGCCACCACUGCCAUCCAUUCCCCAGCAGCAGCAGCAGCAGCAGGUGAUGGGCUCAGAGAUGUAUGUGAACGAACAAGCGCUGCAGAGCACACACGCUGGAGCACCAAUUCCAUCGGACGAGCAAUACGGAAAUCAGGAAGCCCUCAACGCGCAAUGGCAGCAGCAACAACAACAACAGCAGCAGCAGCAGCAACAGAGAGGAGGGGUAGCACCAACAUUGUCAUCACCAGGGACUGCGGGUGCGGGUGUGAUGAUGCCUGAGAUUUACGAAAACGAGUCUGCGCUGUCAUCCUCAACUGCACAAGCACCGCCGUCGUCGCCACCGCAAUCGUCCGCACCCAACAUCAUGCCCGAGAUCUAUGGGAACCAGGCCACAAUCGACGCCGAUGCAGCCAAGUCGCAAUCACCAGCGGCAACGGCAGCGGCCAUGGCUAACCCUGUGAUUCCACAGCAUGAUGCGGAGUACGAUGUGGAUGCAGGCACACCGACGCUGGACCUGUUUGGGUUCGACCACCCGCCCAUCCACACGCACGCGCUACACGACGACAGCCACAAGCUUGACCCGCCACAGCUCGCUCUGUACGACAACGACAGCGCAGCCAAGUCCCCGCCGGAGUGCGACCGGGAGUACGACGUGAAUGCUGGUGCCCCUGUUCUCGACUUUACACACCCGCAAUUGGGCGAUCGCAGUGCCCCCGUGUACGGUGACGUUGACGGUGACGGCAAUGGCGACAGAACCGCAGCAGCACCACCAACGCUAGAUUCCAUGCACACGUACGGCGAUGUGGAUGAGCCACCCGUGCAAGACCAAGAAGUGUACGAGGACAUUGACGAGCAUAAUCCUGCAUCGAAUCGACCAUCAGCGACUGCAACUGCAACUGCAGCAGCAGUGGCAUCGUCACAGGAGCCCGUGUAUGGCGACCCCGACGACGAACUUCAGCCACCACCGCAGCAACAACGACACCAACAACACCAACAAGAACAACAUCAGCAGGGGCCGGGAAAGCAGUCGCAGGUGACACACCAGCCAAUCAGCGGUGUGCAGAUAACCAGCAGCGGAACAGAUGCACAGCCCCACAUCCGGCCCCUGUCACCCGUCUCCAUCCUCCACCUGCUGCUCGCCAUCUCGGCAGGCAUCUUCCUCAUGAUUCUACUCGUUGCGUCCAAUUUUGGCGGCAGCGCAGAGGCGGAAGUCACGCGUGCGUUUCUCUUCAUCGCCCUCGCCACCAGCAUCGCUCUCUUUGUUCUUCUCUAUCGACACUUGAACGAGGUGCACCAUGCGCCCGUGCACACCUUGGUCCCCAACACGGUGAAAGUCGUCGCACCCAUCUUAUGGCUUGCGCUGUGUGCAUAUGGGAGCAUCUGGAGCGACACGUGCGUGGUGCUUGGCCAUUCCUUUGGCCUCGCCACCACCGCCCUCGUGCUCACCUCGUGUGUGGUGACUGUGUGCUUCCAAGCACCCCGGCGGUUUGUUGCGUCGCGUUGGUCGCGUGCUGCGAGUGUGCGCAUGCGCAGAUUCUGGGCCCCUGUCACCGCCGCUGUUUCCGCCAUCACCUUUGCGCUCGCCGUCGCUGCGCUCGUGCUUCCGUGGGCAACGAUUGGCUUCAGUGAGCUUGGCCUCAUCAGGACAUCGACCGGUAUCGGUGGAUCAACCCUUAACACCGCGUUUCCGCUGUGCAGGGUGCACAUGUCGUUGCCUCAAGUCGCAAUGGCCGGUGCCCACCUGCUGGCGUUUCUAGCGGCACUCACCCUCGCGUGCACGGCUGCUUCGGUCCUGCUUGCGCUCUGCGAGAAGCGCGUGGUUGUGUUGCAACAUCUUGUUCUUGGACGCCUAUUCCUCCUCCACGCGCCCCUGGCCAUUGCUGCCACCCUCUUCGUUUCGGGCUUCCUCGGCUUGGUUGCUGUCAUUUCGUGGGCUGCGCUGAGCCUACCAGGGUCGCUAUCCACUGGGUUUAUUCUGGGCGUGGUGGCCAGUGUACUGUGUCUCGUCUAUGCGAGUGCAUCACGGUUUGUGUUUGUGUCGCAGCACCGCGCUGUUCUGCCGAAGCAGCUGGCGGCUGCAGACGUCGGCCGCCCCAGUGCCCGCAGCUCUCGUCACGACCCGCUCUCAGCCAUGUCGGAGCUCGGAAACGAGUCCCAACGUUUUGAGAUGGUGCAGAAUCCGCUUGUUCAGAACGGGAACAAGGAGCACCGACCGCCAAUCCCGACGCCGUACCACGAGCAGCAGCAGCAGGUCGAGGUGCCAGGGUUCAUGCCAGAUGCAACCACAGACGAGAGUGUUGCGCACAUGCAGGUCUUGGGCGUGCAGCACGGGGACUCUGCUGUGGACCCUCAGCUGAACCUCAGUCAUGGCGAGGAGAUGACGCAGCAAGUUGGCGUGUAG